CGCACGCUAUGCGGACUUCGUCGUGAUCUACGAAUUGUGGGACGGUAUAUCGUUUCUUUAUCUUUCCGUCUCACCCUUUUCCCCUUUCAUCCCUUACGUCCUUCUUCUCUUUAUUCGCGCCCCCGAUUUAAUCAUCCCUUCGGCCAGGGCGUCGUGACGAAAGCUGUGAUUCGCUUAUCGCGGGGACAAAUGUGCACGGUGGGCAGCAGUGUGACAUAGUGCGCGGAAGUAGGAGACGAAGAGAUCGGCAAGUGGGCAGAGGAGCGAGGAACGCGGGAAGAGGAGGAGCAGAAGGUGGAUGACGAUGAUGAGGGGGCACAGGAAGAGGGCGCCGAGCCCUGAUGCAUUCGCAUCUUCUACAUAGGGGGUACCAUCGUUCCGUCUCUUCGACGUCCGACGUCUGACGACGAGCAGCAAGCACGCCGAGGACGACGACGACGACGACGACGACGACGACGACAACGACAACGACGACGGCGACGACGGCGACGACGUCGCUUAGGAGUAUCCAGCACGAAACCAGCACUGCCGUUUGUUCUCCGAGAUGGCGGACGAAAAGGAGAAGCAGACGUUCUUGCAGAAGCUGCUGUUUUACACGACCGCGUUCUUCAUCCUCCUCAGCACCUUCAGCCUCUUCGCCUUCCUCUUCUUGGUCCCCUUCGUUAUCGACCCCGCCUUCACCACCAUCUUCAUGCAGUUCGAAACUCGACCCGCCGAGUGUGUCACCAUCGAUGUUGAAUCCAGAAGAGGUACGAGCAAUUGCUCAUGGACAUCCUGUAGAGAGGGUUGUACUAAGGAACUGUACGAUUGCACGCAAAUACGCGUCAAUUAUAAACUACCGGAUAACACGUCCGAUGGGGCGGACGGGGGAGGCAGAGCGGUAGGAGGUGUCGAGGAUGACGAAGAGAACAAGCGGAUGCCUCGUUACGAGCGUUCCUUAGGCGAGUACAUCGAGGACCUCGACGAGAAUUUUGCUAUGGAUGAUGAGAACGGACUGCCGAAAUCUUUCCCUACAGGUCUCAUGGGCAACGACUCCGUGUGGUACUUCACCGGGGCCAAGCUGUUCCCCAACGUAAAAGGCUGUGGAUACCCUCCAAUGCUGAAUUGCAGUAUUUUCUACCGGCAGUACGCCAACAUAGGGCAGAACUUUAGCUGUUACUACUCGAAAGUGGAUCCCGGGAUAGUCAUCAGCGACCUCGACAUGUGGCAGGUGUAUAUGAAUCUUGUGUACGCGAUGGCGAUUCCGAUACCGUCUUUCAUAAUCUCGGUGAUAUACCUCACCAUCGCCUACUUCAAGAUCUACAACGAAGACGAGGUAGUCCUCGUAGGUGGUGAAGAGGGUGAGGAAGGGGAAGAAGGGGAAGGCGCCGAUACACCCUUGCCACCCACUAGCGGUGCAUUGACGCCCGGAAGUGAAGCCUUCAGGGAAGAUUUGGCGAGCUUCGGGCACCAACUCAAGGUCGCAAUGGCCGACGACAUCAGCAGGGAAAGUCUUGACGGGAUUCCUAACUCGCUCUCCGUUCAGGGAAACUUGAACAAGACGAUGACGACGAGUAUCUCAACUCCCCCUGGGCCGACGGCAGCAGUUUGAAGCGACAUUUUCAAGGUCUGAAUAAUAUCUCGUGGAGACCACAUUAGGCGAUAAUUCAUCGCCGUCCGUAAAGAAGCAAAGGCGUUGGCCGAAGAAGCUUUCUUGAUCGAGGAAGGAUGAGGAAGAGGAGCCAAGUUAUCUUUCUGUCUCAGGAUCGACUAAAAUCCACCCUCGCGAUUCACGGAGUGAACCAGAGGCAAACUCGGUACUUUCUUGAGACACUCGAAUCGUACGCGAUAACACGGCGAUUCAAGGAAACCUUUGACGAAUCUGCCAUUUCUCUAUUGUAAAAAUCUGUCCCCAUUACAAGCGCCGACUAUACUUGCAGUCACGAUAUUUCGCGACGUACUUUUUCCUACUCGAUAAUAGCUCAAUAAUUGCGAAGUCGUGCGUAUAACUCUGUCGCAACUCGUGCCAGAGAGGCAGCAGCAGUCCCUCUCAAACGCUGGUAUCUUCAGCGCGAUGCUCGUAUGCGCCAGAAAAGUUCUUCGUUUCUUGCAAAUGUUUAAACGUUGGCGGCGCGGUCGUUAUACCGCCCGCCAAAAUUGAUUUACCUCGCACGAUGCCUUCUUCGUAGCUUGUCUAAGUACGAUUCGCGAUCCGAAAUCAAUUCGCGAAUCCCGUGCCUGUAUAUCGCAUCCUUGUAAACACGAAGAAUCUGUCCUUACUGUCGUAUACGUAGCGUUCGGGAUACACCGUAUAUUUUUAAACGAUUUUCCACGAUGUAUCCGCGAUGGUAGAUGAUCGUUCUGCGUAAAGAGGAAAUAAAUCGGUCGCUCUGAAAAUGGCGCAAGUCUUGAAAAAAGUUAAAGUCUGCACUAUUCCUGAAUUACAGAAAUGUAUAAUGAUUAAGUUGCAAAUUUAUAUGUAAUAAGCGAUAAAUUUUCAACGGCGGAUUAUAAAUCUGCCUGUGUGCCAGCCGUAAAUUUUUGGAAUGUACGUCUUCAUCCAUGCGGCACCAAGUUGCGGACUUUAAAGAAGCUUAUUUUUACGUAAGUGAUAAAUGUUUUCUGUCUCUAUCGCAUCUCUCUCUCUCUAUGCCCAUUAACUGAUUAAAUCUCAAAGUUACUAGACUCGUGCCAUUCGCAAAACGACUGAUGCAAACUUGCAACGAAGCGCAUACCGAGUACACGCUUCCUCUGGUUCACUCAACGAUACCGAACGGACGUCCAUCUGGGGAACGCAGAGGAGGAAAAACCGCGUGGCGAGGUUCUACUCGCGGCAUCACGCGCUAUCUGUAUAUUAAAGUCACGAGUUUAUAGCUAUGAACUUAAAGAACUUAAUCAGUAAAACUAUGAGCUAAAUACCGUUAAACGUUACGAGUAUUAUCAGGUAAUUCGCUUGCUGUGUGAUCAUGAUGCGUCCACUCGCGUGCAUCGUUAGACACUUUUAUCAAACACACCGACAUCACGUCCGUUCCACUUUUAUCUGGCGACACGCUUUUGCAAAUAAAAAAAAAACGCGCGAUUCGCAAGUGUCCACCCCCCGCACCCCGUUGCGGCCUCGUCCAUAUACUAUGAUCUCCACACGCACAAAUUCUAACGGUUUUCAGGUACCUGACCGACACGUACGGAGAAACGUAGGUACCUUCGCGAGUCUUACGACUGCUACAUAUGCGCAUUUAAAUCGAUAUGAGUGCACAAGGCGAAGAAACGUUCGGUAUAUAACGGAGACAGCUUCUCUCGAGAGAAAAACCCGAGAUAUGGCCUGUUGUUUUUGCAGGUGCGCUUUCUGCAUUCAAACGAGGCAAAUUAUACGCUAUUCCUUCAGGAAGAAAUUAAGAAGAGAGAAAACAGGUGUUAAGAGCAUAAUUAAAAAGAGCAGACUCAUUGUCACUAAAUUGUUUCUUUUUCAACAAUAUGUACAGUUUGCUUAUUUUAAUAUUAUAUUUGACAAAAUUGAGCUGCUCUGCACACAAGUUUUAACGGACAUCCCUCAAAGGGUGAAACGUAUUUGGAGCGCAAUGGUUGAAAAUAAAUUGUAAUCUCGAUAAAAAUAUCAGUCGUAAUAAGGUUCGUGCUAUUUCUCAGGCUUAAAAAGGACGGCUUGUCUUAUUAUCGUCUCAAUGUCGGCCGUGAACAUAAUUAGCUAUACGCUACAUUAUGAUUUUAGCGUUAACAUCGCCUGGGAUAUCGACCAAACGUUUGCCGCAUGGAAACUAAUCCUGGAAGUAAUACUUCGAAAUGCCCGUGAGCAUUUAGUUAUAGUGUUUGUAUCGAAAAACUUGGAAGACUUUACUGAAAAUAUAUGAAUUAUUUGAUUAUUUACAACCUGGAGGCUCCAUCUUUGAAAAUAUUGGUGUUCCACGCGGCAAUAAACUGGGCGAGAUGCGAAAAAAGACCAUAUGUAAUUAUCACUCGACAUCUCGGUUACGUCUCUGGAAUUCGUGCUAUUUCUGCAAUCAUACACACAUCGAGCAAUACCUACACAUAUACACGAUACAUCACCGUGAAAGGCACAGUCUACACACAUCGGUAAUCUAUGGGGAAAAAAAGAUAAUUGAAUUGUUUUUAUGGAUUAAGAACAAGUUGUCUGUGAUCUACAAUAAUUAAAAGAAUAUUUAAUAAGUAUUAACAGAUAAAAAUAUAAUUGAAAUAAUAUCGAUAAUGUUAAACGAUGGAGGAAAGAAAUAACCGAAGGGCGAUCGGAUUUUAUUGGUACAAGUUGAGCGCAGGUUUCUCGUGGCAUUGGUUGAGCAAUACGAUAGUAAGAGGAAUAAAAUAUCGCAUAAAAAAUUAAGAUCACCGCAAAGGAAUUCUAGAAGAAAAAGAGGUAUAUAUUACAUAAAUUACAACAAAUAGAGACUUAUACGAUAGAGCACGCAACGUGUGAACAUUUAAAUCGCUACUGUUAAUCUGUACUAACUUGCGAUAUUAAAAAAGCAAAAAAGGUGCGUGCUGCGUUCGGAUAGUACCAAUAAAAAUAAAAUAUAUAUAUAUAAAAUAUAUUAUAUGUUACUUGACCGUCGCGGCUAAAAGUAUAUAGGAUUAGAUAGAUUUAUAGAAGCGCAAAACACCAAAAAUCGUUCCUUCCACCCGCUCCGGCCGUGUAUUCGAUUUUAAAUAUAUCACAUUUCAUGUGUGAAGUCAAAGCUCUGUGAAUUUAUAAAAAGCGCACCUCAGAACGCAAUUAGCAUUGUCAUCUUAUUGAAUGAAGGAAAGGAAUUAUAUACAUGCCCGUAUUAUCACCGAAUAAGUUGUUCAACGAGUGUUGCGAAAGAUAUUCGAGAUAAUUUUUCUACAGUUCUGGCACACACGAAAGGAACGUGCAAUAUCAUCGUCGUCUUUAUAUUUAUGUACAUUUUAAUUAUUGUAAAUUUUUCAAUAUUAUUAUCGAACUAUGAUCGAUUUCGUGUGAAAGUGUAUAUGGCUUUUUCUGCGGUUAACAAUAAAAUGUUUUGU